UCACUCGGCUUAGGGCUUGUUUCUUUCUCCGAUCGGAUCCAGUUUCAAGAACAGUGGAGUUGGAAUCUCUCCUACGCCGCGAUGUCUCUCCGCCGCUCUAUCCUCGGUCUCCACCGCCAAACCCACAACCUCUCCCUCUCAAAGGCGUUACCUUUCUCGGUGAGUAACAUCUCCUCCCCAUCCGCCGCCGUGAGAAACCCAAUCGGGAGAGAAAUCUCUUCGAUCCCAUUUUCCCUAACCCAGAAACUGAAACCGGACUCCGGGAAUCGUUCUCUUGGGAAAUCUGAUCUCGCCAAAUUUGCUCGUCUGCCAUCGUCUCGAGGUUACAGUAACGCAUCUCUCGUACGGAAGAUCCCUGUUCUGUUUCACAUAAAUGCAGGAAUGGAAGAAGUUUUGGCGGAUUAUGUUCAUCAGGAGAUGACCAGGAAUCUGAUGGUGAUCUCUCUGGGCUUGUUCCAGAUCAUCGUUAUCAAAGAUGUCAUCGUGUUUCUUUUCUUCUGAGCAAGGAAUCAUCUUUUGGGGGGUCUCAUGAACUCGAUCAUCUAGUGAGAUAAAGCCCCUUCUUGUUAUCUUUUAAUGAAUAAAGAACAUUGGUGCAAUGGCAUCUUUAACCUUCCAAGUUUGCUCUGUUUGAUUCAGUUUGUGUAAGGCUUUAAGUGGAAUUCUAAGUGUGUUUGAAAGGGAUAUUAAGAAUCUCUCUUUGGAUUGAAUAAAAGAGAAGUUUUCUCA